UCAAUUAUGGGUUCUCCCUCGGUUUUAUCAAGAGCUUUGGAAUUUUCUUAACUUAAAACAGUCAUCCCCUGGUGUGUUUUACUCCUGGCUUUUCCGGACACGAUGCGUCUGCUCCUUUAUGCAAGUUUGAUUUGGAUUUGUCUCAGAGCCGGCCUGGCUCUGCAGAUUCAGUGUUAUCAGUGUGAAGAGAUGAAACAUGAUGAUUGCUCGUCCCCAGAAUUCAUCGUGAACUGCACGGUCAAUGUCCAGGACAUGUGUCAGAAAGAGGUCUUAGUUAUGGAGGACGGUAUUCAUUACCGGAAAUCCUGUGCAUCGUCCGGCGCGUGUUUGAUCGCCUCCUCUGGUUAUCAGCAGUUCUGUACAGGGAAACUAAACUCAGUCUGCAUCACCUGCUGCAACACGCCCUUGUGUAACGGCCCUCGUCAGCGCAGACGACCUCUCCUGUCUGCUGCUCCUUCUGACAGACAACAUCUCUUUUUCCUGUCUCCAGCCCCGUCUCUCCACGUCUCUCUCCUCACACUGUUUCUGCCCUAUGUGCUGGUCGACUGACUCUUAGAAACCGAGACCUGACCCCUCCUGGUGAAAGUUUCACUCCUGGUGAAGGUUUUGAGGACCCGAGGUCCUGAAGGGUUAGGCUAACCCUAACCCUAACCCUGACCCUGACCCUGACCCUAAC